CAGCACAGCCUGAGUUCUUGUCUAUGUCCUGGUGCUUUCUCCCAAUUUGACUCAAUUUAUCUAUCAAGAGGUUCCUUCCCUUCUGGGGCUAAGGGCUCUCCCUGCCAUAGCCUCUUCCUGCCUGUUUACUGAGCCCCUUGAAAAUCCAGAGGGGGAAAAAGUCUUAUGAGAGCUGUUCUUCACCAUUCCUGAAUGGUGCUCAUGAGGUGGCCCAGCAGCCAUGGGGCAGGGGCACCUUCCAGAACCUUCCACUCCAGCAUUCCUUCCUAUUCUGAAUUGCCUCAAACAGCCUUUCCAGCUCACCUCCGCCUCCAGUUCCUUCAUUCUGCCCAUUCCCAUCAUCCUUGAGGUCAGCCAGAAGUUCCCAAAACUUCCGUGGUUGUGCUGACCUAAACCCUGGAUGUCCUCAAGACUGGCUUGGCGGCAGCAGGAAGAACAGCCAGUCCCAGCACUGUUUCUACCCCCUCCCACUUGGGACCUACAAAACCUUCAGUUCAAAGACCCGCUCUGCAUUCCUCACACUGCAGCACCCACAUAAAGAUUAUCCCUACCACUGUACACCAGGGAGGCCACAAGGCUCAGAUCCUCAGCAGUUAGCAACAUGGAGCCGAAUCUGGAUGUCAUACGGCUGCCACUAGUGUCUGUGAAAGGGGUCCCGCUUAUCAAGUUCUUUUCAGAGGGUAUUGGACAGCUGCAGAACUUUACAGCCUUGCCUGAUGACCUACUUAUCAGCACAUACCCCAAGUCUGGCUCUACCUGGAUAAGUGAGAUAGUAGACAUGAUCUACAAGGGUGGCAAGCUAGAUAAGUGUUUUGGGACCCCCAUCUAUGACCGAGUGCCCUUCCUGGAGUUCAGAUGCCCAGGCAUUCCCUCAGGUAUGUGCAAGGGGUUGUUGGAGACAAGAAAACGGAUGGAGACAGGUCCACGACCCAAAAAUACCAGGUUCAUGGCUCAUCAAGACACACUUGCCCCUGUCCCUGCUCCACAAGAGUGUGCUGGAUCAGAAGGUCAAGUAAGCAUCCAAACCUCCACUGAAGAUUUCUCUGUGCUCCAGAAUCCCAAAAGGGAGAUUAGGAAGAUUCUGGAGUUUUUGGGACACUCCCUGCCAGAGGAGACAGUGGAUUUCAUCGUCCAGCACACAUCUUUCAAGGAGAUGAAGGAGAACCCCAUGACUAACUAUACCACCAUACCCUCUUUUGUCAUGGACCAUAAUGUUUCCCCCUUCAUGAGGAAAGGCAUUACUGGGGACUGGAAAACUAUCUUCACUGUGGCCCAGAAUAAGUGCUUUGAUGCACACUAUGCUGAGAAGAUGGCAGGCUGUGACCUCAGCUUCCAUUUUGAGCUGUAAGCUGAUGUGGCUGCAUUGGGAAUCAAGGGGAGUUGAUACAUCAACCCACCAUGACCGCAAGAAUAAAGUGUGAUGUUUUAAACCCACA